AUGGGUGAGCACUGGGGACACCGAGGUCGCACGCCCAACUUGGAAGCUUUGGCGCACACCGACGCUUCAGGUGGCAUUCCUGCUCCGGAUCGAGGCAUGCUCCUGACCCUGAGACAUCUCACGCGUCUCCUGCUCGUGUCCAAGGAACCUUCCCCGACGGAUGCUCAGCGUUUGCUGCGGCAGGCCAUGCCCGGAUCGGAGCUGCUUCUUGCCGAGCUAUCCUCGACACCAACCAUUCCUUCCUUCUUCCUGGUCUGUUCUCGGACCGCGCAUGCUGCUUACUUGGUGCUGCCGGGGACGCGAAAUCCAGCGGACCUGGCUACGGACUUCAAUGCUGCCGAGGAGCAGUUCGGUGCUGGUUUGGGCCACCGAGGAAUGGUCCAGCCGCUUGGAUCUGCCUUCGUCCCAAACGUCCCAAAGCUCCAGAACAACGUCCCAAAACGCUAA